AUGACAUACAAUAGAACAUAUCCACAGGGAUGCAGCCAGAAGAGCCGCUUCCCAAUAAUACGGACAAAAGAAUCUCUUCAAGAUGAAGCAACCUCAAAAGGCAUUUUGACAAUAAUCGAGGCAAGGGAAGAUGUUCAAAAUGACGCGACAAGAAGACGCCCGGAGGAUCCCAGCAGAAGAGAGCCUCUUCAUAAAAAAAAUAAAGGACAAAACAGCAUCCUAACCCUGUCGCGAAGAGGAGGCAUCUUCAUAGAGAAGAUAACAGAGCAAGAACCAACUUCACAGUGUCGCGAAGAAGGUACAUCAUCGUAG